AUGGAGGAGUUUAAGACACAUGCUUAUGAAAAUUCUAAGCUCUACAAGGAAAAGACUAAGAAGUGGCAUGAUCAAGCCAUUUUGCCACGGUAUUUUCAUAUUGGUCAACAGGUCCUCCUCUACAACUCGAGAUUGAAACUCAUCCCGAGAAAGAUUAAGUCAAGAUGGUUUGGAUCAUUUGAGGUGCACCAAGUCUAUCCCCAUAGAGUUGUAGACAUAAAGAAUCUGGAUGAUGGGAUAAUUUUCAAAGUAAAUGGCCAACACUUGAAGGCAUACACUAGAGCCCCCAUCGUGCUAGACAAGUUAUCGCUUUACUUGCAGGAUGCCUGA